AUGAACCCAUUUCCUUCAUCCAUCACUCGCACUCUCAUUCACCAGGCCCUCAUAAGCCAAUCCUCCAUACCCACAUCCCAAUCCUCAAAUGCGCUUUUCCCAGGCUCAUGCCCAAAGUCAGCAGCUGCAAUCAUGGUAAGAGCCUUCAAGGUUCAUGAACUUGAUGGUCUUGAGAUCCUGACGUGGGAAGAUGCCGAAAUAAGAGAAUCAAAUGAGGGUGAGAUCUGUGUGAAGAAUCAGGCCAUCGAGGUUAGCUUCAUUGAUAUCUGCCACGACAAAGGAGUUUGUAGAGCCACUACAAUACCCUUUACCCCAAGCAUGAAGGCUGUUAGAAUGGUGAUAGCCGUGGGAUCCCAAAGAUAA